AUGGCACCUCGAGGAUUUCUUUCUCCCAAAUCCAUCAUAUGGCGACUGCUUAGCAGUCAGCGACGGCGAGCUGGCCUAUUCGUGUUCUUUAUCUGCGUAUUUGGCAGGGUGGCAGGCCAGAUUCGCUAUUCUAUCCCGGAGGAGAUGAAGAAAGGCUCGCUAAUCGGAAGUGUAGCUCACGACCUGGGACUAGAUCUGAAAAGGUUGCUCUCCGGCCGGGCCCGUAUCGUGACGGGGGACAGCAUCCAGUACGCCGAGCUGAAGACGGACAAAGGGAUUCUGGUCGUCAACGAGAGAAUAGACAGAGAGCAGCUCUGCGGCGACGUCACGCCGUGCAGCUUCAUCUUUGAGGUGAUCUUGGAAAACCCCAUGGAGCUCCAUCCUGUGAACAUAAUGAUCCAGGAUCAGAACGACAACGCCCCUCAGGUUCUGUACCCAGUCCAGACCAGCAGCUCUCUGGUGGCUGAAAUGGUGCCUCGCUCAGCAGAUGUGGGCUAUCUGGUGACUAAGGUGGUGGCUGUUGAUGUGGACUCUGGACAGAAUGCCUGGCUCUCCUAUAAGCUGCAGAAAGCCACAGACAGGGCGCUGUUUGAAGUGGGCUUACAGAAUGGGGAAAUAAGGACUAUCCGCCAAGUCACUGAUAAAGAUGCUGUGAAACAAAGGCUGACUGUUGUAGUGGAGGACAACGGGCAGCCCUCUCGUUCAGCUACAGUCAAUGUUAACGUGGCGGUGGCGGACAGCUUCCCUGAAGUGCUCUUGGAGUUCACUGACUUUACGCACGACAAGGAGUACAAUGACAACCUGACUUUUUACUUAGUCUUGGCUUUGGCUGUAGUGUCCUUUCUCUUCAUCACCUGCUUAGUGGUCAUCAUAUCAGUGAAGAUAUACAGAUGGAGACAGUCUCGCGUCCUCUAUCAUUCCAGUCUGCCGGUGAUUCCCUACUAUCCACCACGUUACUCAGACACUUUGGGGACAGGGACUCUCCAGCACGUGUACAAUUACGAGGUGUGCAGGACGACUGACUCCAGAAAGAGUGACUGUAAGUUCGGGAGGGAAAGUAACCAGAAUCUACUAAUUGACCAGUGCGCUUCAGGAACGAUGCAGCGGGUGGUAAACGAUCGAAUGAUUCUUGAUGAGAAUGAUUCCCCGUUAGAGUCUCUGAAAUACUUCAGCGUUAAUCACUGCUCCUUGCUGCACAGACGGGUUUAA